AUAAGAUGCCUUAGUGUAAGUACUGUCUAUCACUCCUGUCACUUUCUACUUACUGUGUCCUGCCCAACAUCAGUAAUCACCAUGGCCUUCACUGGAAACUGGCAUGUCUAUUCUCAGGAGAACUAUGAGAAUUUCCUGAGGGCUGUGGGUUUGCCAGAGGACAUAAUCAAAAUCGCAAAAGAUGUUAACCCUGUUAUUGAAAUCCAGCAAAAUGGAAAUGACUUUGUUGUUACAUCAAAAACCCCCAAACACUCUCAAAGUAAUUCCUUUACAGCAGGAAAGGAGUCAGAAAUCACUGGGUUCGGCGGGAAGAAGAUUAAGGUCACUGUUAAUGUAGAAGGUGGAAAACUUAUCUGCAAGAGUGACAAGUUCACUCACAUUCAGGAAGUCACUGGAGAUGAGAUGGUGGAGACAAUCACUGCUGGCUCAGCAACACUGAUCAGGAAAAGCAAAAGAGCAUAAAACUUCAAAUAGCCUUUUUUUACUACUGAACUAAGAAUAUGGAUUGUCUAAUAAAGUAACAUUUGAACUUA